AUGACUUUCGAUAUCGCACAGGCCCGGUCUCGCUUUCCGGCACUGAAGCAGGAACAGGUCUUCUUGGACAAUGCAGGGGGUAGUCAAGUCUUGGACACAGUGAUUGAGUCUAUUACAUCGUACCUCACAAAUACCAAUGUCCAACUGGGGGCAACGUACAAGACUUCAAAGCUGUCCACCGCUGCAUUUACGAACGGAUACGAAGCAGCGGCGAAGUUCAUCAACGCAAAUCCCGAUGAGAUCUGCCUUGGUGUUUCAACUACGCAGCUAUUGCACAAUCUCUCCACGGCUUUGAAGUUCCAGCCGGGUGACGAGCUCAUUCUCUCCAAAUUGAACCACGAGGCCAAUUCCGCCGCCUGGGUCAGGAUCGCACAACGACUAGGAUUAGAGGUGAAAUGGUGGUCCGCUUCCAACCCGCAGAACCCCGUCUGCGAUCCGAAUGACUUGAAACAGUUGGUCUCGGAGAAAACGCGACUCGUAGCUUGCCCGCAUACAUCGAAUAUCCUUGGAUCCAUCGUGGACGUCAAGGGAAUUGCGAAGGUCGUGCAUCAGUACCCGCGGGCCCUGCUCUGCGUGGACGGCGUGGCACUUGCGCCUCAUCGCCAAGUCGAUGUCAAGGAUCUCGAUGUCGACUUCUACGCCUUCUCAUGGUACAAGGUCUAUGGACCCCACAUCGCACAGCUGUACGCCUCAUCGCGUGUCCAUGACCAGAUCGACACCCUAGGCCAUUUCUUCAAAGGCACGGACACCCUCGACCUGAAGCUGAACCUGGCGUCCGCCACUUACGAGAAUGUCCAGAGCAUCCCACGAGUCGUCGAGUACUUCGAGCCUGAUGUGUCUGCAUUGUGGGAAAAGAUCGCCGCUCAGGAGGAAAGGCUGCAGCAGAUUGUCUUGGAUUUCCUCAACGCUAACGAUCGGGUCACUGUCUACGGAGAGCGCUCUGCGGAUCGGAACCUCCGUGUCCCCGUUAUCAGUUUCACGGUGCGGGGUACCAAAAGCCAAAGAGUGGUAGAGGAGGUCGAAAAGCGAUCUGCGUACGGGUUCCGGAGUGGACAUAUGUACAGUCAUCGAUUGAUCAACGACAUCAUUGGUUUGGAGGACGUUGAGGAUGGGGUGGUGCGGAUCAAGGAAGAGAUGACUGGGUUGGUCAAGGUUUUGGAGGAAGUUAUUGCCAGCUUGUAG